AUGCGGCGUCAACUCGUGCAACGUCGCGGGACGUCUGUGGGCGCAGCAGCGCUGUGUCUACUGCUCCUAUGCGCGUCGGGACUGCUACUCGUGUCCGUAGCCAAAGAAGAGAGAGGAGACGCAGUGCCUGCAAGUGCGGCCUUGAUAAAGCAAGAAGAGGAGGUGCUGUACCGGAUGUUUGCGAUGGAAAGAGAUGCAGAAGACAGUGCUCAGGAUAAAAAACAGCGUCAUGGUACGUACAAAAAGGUGCUGGAGAAAGAGACGGUUCCGGACCGCUCGCCGAGUGCAGAGGACGCGGAGAAGGUGGAGAUUAGGCACUCAAACGACGGUGGUCCUUUUGGGGACAGAGGUGCAGGUUCUCGCGUGGCAAAAGACACGAAUGUGAUGCGUGACUCGAAGAUCGACAGAGCUGGACUGGACAUGACUACUGCAGGGACUGGCGUCACAGUUGGUGCUGGAGACAUCGAUCGCGUGGCGGACUCUGCAGGCGGUAUUUUAGCUACAUCCGAAGACACAGUCGAAUCGACAGUAUUGGACUUAAUGGAGCUUGGCGCCUUGAUGGGUGCUGGAAAUGACGGGGCAUCUGUGGAUUGGAAAAGUAUGGAAACCUUGACAGAGUCGCACGGGUUGGACGUCUCACUCGGGUCCGCUGACCUGGAUGUGACGGCAAAUGCUGACGGCAUUCGUGCUACUGCGAGUUUUGGUGACUCGGACAUUGCUGUUGGUUUUCACGGGAGUCGUGACGAGACCGAAGAGGAAGAUGUGGAUGCAUGUGUUGAGCUCGAGUCUACCCACGUUGCAUCAGAACAACCGGAUGCUGAUAUUCCUGUAGCAUCUCCGGAUAGCUUUAGCGUUGCCAGCUCUGUGGACGUUCGUGCUCCAGUUGGUUCUGAAGUAGCUGACCUCCCUGUUAGCUCACUGAGCCCCACCGACUCUUCCGGUAUCGAUACAGUUGCUCAGGUUACUGCGAGCCCUCUGAAUGUGGACGAGCUCGGGGGAUCAAGUAGGGUUCGGGUUGCUAUCGGCUUCAGCGACGAUAGCGCAUCUACGAUGAAAGCUGCAUCAGUUGGUUGCGCUAAAGCACCUCCAAUCAGCGAUGUUCCAGCGACUGCACCAUGCGCGACUAAGUUCGUUGCUGCCAAAACGGAAAUGGUCGCGCCUACAGCAGAUGAACCCUUGAUAGUUCUUGACGACGAUGUGUCAGUGCCAGACGAGGCAUCGCUCGCAGUCAACUCAACAACGUCGGGAUUGAAAAGUGGUCGAAACGAAGUCGUCAAGGUGUUAUCUCUCGCUGAGCACGGCGUUCCUUCGAGUGCAUCAGAGAUCGGGAGCAAAAUCUGGCAAAACGAAAGCAGUCGGCACGUGCCUUACACACCGACGUACUGUCGGUGUAAGGCAUCCGAGUGUCAGAACAUGUACCCUGGAGACUCUAGCAGGCCCAUGUGCGAACGCAGACUUUUCGGUGGCUCGUGUUCACCAGGAUACAAGACAUGUGUAUCAACGGAUUCUUACAAGGUGUCGACAUCGUCAGUCACUCCUCACAGUGUUGCAGAAGCGACAUUUACGCUCUUGGCGGCUGACAUCAUUGGAGCAUUUUUCAACUUGGGCGAGGAAGAUCCGAUGACCCGCAAAAGCAACUGGUGGAUCACUAUCUCGCUCCCUAGUGGCUGGCGAUUCGUAUCAUGGGAGAGCACUGCGGUAAAAGUCACGCUACGAAACGGCAACAGUGACAGUGUUUCCACCGUGCGCGCGUAUAGCUGCUUCGAUGUAACAAAAGAUGCGAACUGUGACAGCGAUACUCACCGGUACGGCUUUAUCGAUGUGAUGGGUCUACUCGAAGGCCGAACGGAUUUGAUGACAUUGAGCUCUGGAGGCCCUAUGUCGUUUGUGCUUUCGGAAAGUAUUAUCACAGGUGCAUGUUCCGGCGCGUUUGGUGGCUCAGCGGGUGUAAGCGUGUCACUAUCAUAUGAGACGUCAUCUGGGGCCCUUAUGUCUGCUGCUGCUUCCCGCCGGGAGCGUAAAUUGAUGGUGGCCGCUGCUGACUCAACCGCUUCGCCUCCGGGUUUAGGCGCGCUAACACUUGCUACGAUGGCGUUGCCUUCUGUCCAGGAAGGCCGGCUGGAUUCGUCGCUGUUGUGGAUGGAAGAGGACAUGGAGAUAAUGAUGUUGUCGUUUUCGACGUCCACUAUCGUUGGCCCCGAGUCGAAUAACCCGAAAGUAUGCGUAAAUUUGCGUUCCCCGCACUGCGCCAGCAAAGGGCGUGAGCCCGCUUCUACUGUGUUUUUCGACUCAUCUUCGACGGUCUCAUAUGUCAAAGGCGGAAACCCGUUCAUCAAUCUGUACGCUAAUCCAGGCAAAACAAGUUUGAGCCUCCAGAGCGACAAUUCUACCUACUUCUGCGUGACAAACCUCCUUCCUUCUGGCGUUAAAACGAACGAUUCUUGGGAGAUAAGGAGUAUGUUCACGUUCCAGAUUCAAGUGACCCAUGUUGCCUGGGCUGGCGAUGAGGACCAGAGGAGUGCUAAUGCAAGCGGGUUCAGUAUGCCUCCUCUCGGCGAAGUCGUCUUGACGGAUGACGGCGGUGUGUUGGGCACUGACUGUGCUCAAGUAUUGGUGCACGCGAAAACAAACUCGAAGUACAAUCUGAGUGUGUACAGCGUGAUGUCAAUCACAUUUUAUGCUGUUGCUCUGGCUGGUGCUGUGCUGAUCACACGAAUGAAUGGCAUCUCAUUUUCGAAAUUGACGUUUUACAACGACAUGACAUCUUUGUCUGUGAUGAUGAUUUUUGUCCUUUGUAUCGUCGGCAACGCAAUUUGGAUUCGUGUAGCGACUAAUGCGUCAUCAGCGAGAGGAACCGCAGUUUACUACUUACUGUACGCGAUAUCUAUCUGCUUUACGUGGACGAUGAUGACUUCAGUGUGCUUUCAUUGGGGCACGGUGCUGUUCCACGACGUGGGACCAUCUGGACGCUUGUUAAUGUUUACCAUCUACGUGAUCAUGAAUGUGGUGUUCUACGGUAUCCAACUUUUCGGUGUCAUAAGUCUUACAGAUUUCUACAAGUGCGCCUACGACGACUAUCUGAAGAACCCCGUUUAUACGAUGCGACUGUGCUCGAACGAUUACUGCCCCGAUCUACAACCUAGACAGUGGCAAUAUGCGGUGGAUAGUGUAUGCAAGGAUGUGAGCUACUCCGGCUGGUUUUUCCCUCUCCAUCAGAGCGGCAUACUGUUGAUCUUUCUCGCCUCCGUGGCGUUGCUCGUGCUCGGCACGUUCGUGAUCCAACGAGGCGUGCGGCUGAUUGAUGAGUCCGGCGAUAUUUUCGACGACCACGUGGUGAAAGUGAUGAAGAAGUCGUUGAUUACAUAUUCGGUGGUGAUACUAUCGAUUGCGCUCGUGCUCGGAACAUCCUCUAUCAUGAACUUCAUUUUGCACUGGAACAAUCGGAGUAUUGACUCUGUUGUUUGGUACAUUUUCUCCAUUUGGCUUCCAACCCUGGUACCUCCAGUUGGCUUUCUGAUUUUGCAAUGGAACCCACGACUACGUGGGAUGAAUUGGAACCCAUCGAUGCAUGCCAAAGACUCGGAGGUGCUGCAUCAUGCGGUGUCAAGUAUUUCUGACAAGGCCGAGAGUGGCAAGCUUGGCAUAUCAGCGAAUGAUACAGGGCUAAGCGACGGUUGGGCAGGCAUUUUGCAUUUUCCUGACACUGAGUAUAACCCGACUAGCCAGGAGAUAGUGGAUGGUGCGCAGAAUGUGCUGGCGCUAGCAGUCCAGCUGUUGUCGCCCAUUCCUCUUACGCAGGCGUGCUUCGUGGAGCUAUAUGUUGCCGAAAACACUACACCAGAAGCUGGUGGAAAUGACGUUGGUGAGGACGAGUACCACGAGGAUCUUCCAGUAAUGAGUUAUCGUCGUUCGUCAAUCAGCUCUUUUAUUGAGAGCGGGAUACAUCAAGAAGGAAUCUUCAGCCGCCGUGGCUACUCGCAAUCGAUGCUUAGUUCUGGGGCCUUAUGCACGGCUUCUUGCGUUGCUAUUCCACUAGCGAAGUGGUCUCGCGUGAGCUUUACCGAGACGGUUUUGCCGACACUAGUGACUGGCAAAGUUGAGGGUAGCGGCGCAGUGACCCAAACCGCCACUUUCCUGUCGAUACUUCAGAUACCUGCGAUGCACGUCAAUUCACUUCUUCGCUUUGUCGUAUACGAGAUCCCGGAGCAGACUUCGUUGCAGUCGUCGAGCGGUGACUUGUCCGAGUCUCUCCAAGUGACGCGUGCAUCUUCCCUACAGCUGGACGAACGUGCCAGGAUCGCUCGUGUGUCUGGAAUGGGUAUGGCACCACCCUCACGACCCAAGGUCUUUUGUGAGUUCUUGUGUACGCGUGACGACGUUCUUGCGGCAGACGAGGUGAAUUUGGUAGCACGACAGGUUUCGCACCGCUCUGUUUCGUCUGGUCCAACUGUUUUGCAGGAUGGAACUGGCACAGCGUCACCAAAUUCAGCAGCUGCCACUGGGGUUGCUACCGCAGAUGCGGGUUCAUCGAUACCUUGUUUGCGAGUCAAGUCGAUGACUUCGUCGCCGCGCCAAUUGAAGGAGAACUCUGGAUUCUACAUCACCAAGAGCUUUCAGUUUGCUGAAGGCGACGAAAUGGUGAUCGAAGACAUGCUUGAAAGUCCUCUUACAAACGAAGUACCUCGACAGUACCUGGAGCUGCUCGUCUCCGAGCGGGCUGAUGAUCAUGCGCGCGCAGUAGCUGAAGCUGCAGACUAUGAGGCGCGAGUGAAGAGUGGACUUGUUGGCAAUUUGUACGAUAACUUGAUCGAGCAGAUUCAGGGUGAGAAUGACCGGACGCUGGUCCAAACGUGGCUGAAUCACCGUGUGCAGCAACGCAAGAUGUACGUCGAGGCAUUGCGCGAGUGCCACCAAGUGUGCGUCGAACGUGCAGAAAAGGGGCUCAAUUUCAAGGCCAGUACUGAGAAAAAGAGUUUGGUCCUGCGGUUCCUGCCCAUCAAUCUGCACGUGCAGGAAAUGUGGGUCGGCCCGAGUGCUGACCUGCGCUCUCAGCGAUCAAGGAGGACGUCGACAAGCGUAAGGGUGUACCCAACUAUAACAGUAGGCGCAUUUGCUGCGCACUGCUUCAAGUUCCGUCAUGGCGGAAGCAUUUUAAGUUUGCGCUCGAUGUUGCAGAAACGGUCGCUGUCCCGCGUGCAGAGUAACGUCUCGUUCAGCGGUGGCGCCAAUGUGGUGGACUGGAGCGGUGCUGAUACACGUUCUGCCGACGAGACGCGAUGGCAUCUCACGACCCGGUUCGAUAUGUGCUUUUCGCAAGCAUUGACCACGCUGGUUACGUCCUUCUGCCGUCAGCUGGAGUAUUCGUUGCAGCACCUAGUGGACCGCUCGUUUCUGCAUAUAAUCGAUGGCGUUGGCUUCCUCUUCCAGGUCGAGUCAUUGCUGUCUACACAGGGCAAGGAGAUCGGAAUGCUAGAGGACCUCUCAGCAGCCGUGGACGCACUCAAGCACGUUGCGUUUGUCCUCGAUACGCUGCCUCCAUCGCACCUCCCGUCAACACUGCUGAAUCUCCACAUGACAAACACCACGCUUCCAAGCGUAGUGUCCGUUCGAUUGAAUAAGGGGUCUACCGCGGGCACGUUUACCGUUGUAAUCGGUGUGCGUUGCUCAAACGACGUGCGAGCUUCCAUUCCAUCUACCAUUCGAUCAGGCGGCCCGAUUCCUGUCACGCCGGUCGUCUUUACGCAGGGUAUCAACGAAAUGCAGACGCUGGCAAAUAACGCCAGCAGCAAGAAGACGACGCUGCAGGAUGUCAUCAAUCGCAAGAGCUUUUUCGUGCUGACCCGCUACGUCGAGAGAUACAAGCUGUUUGCUGCUAAAAUGCCGGACGCCAUGCUGACGCCCAUGUCGACAAUCGAGCCUCUGUUGAACUCGCUGGAGGAGCGUAUUACCACAGCUAGCAAGCGGCAAGUAGUCAAAUCGAAGCAUCCGAAGAUCGUUCAGGAGAGCUCUAAUUUGUGUCGCCUACUCGGCGCAGGGCGCGCGACGUCCUGCAAAAGCGCCAAGGAUCGCACGAGCAUGUCGGUGACGCUCGAGCAGGUGCGGCUACUGAGUGAGAACCAUGGCUUGCCCGAGGAGUAUGUGGUACGCACAGUGUCAACGAUGCGCAGCAAUGGCGUUCGACUGGAGAACGCGCUCAAAAACACUGGCAAGCGUCAGUACGCUUUCAACUCGCUGCAGCGCUCCCUGCUCCCUGACGAGUACAAGUGUCCUGAAGGCACCUAUGGUCGCGGUAAUGUGAGCUAA